AUGGAAGCGGAUAGAGUGACUCCCCGUCCUCCCACGGGGAAAGAGGCCCGGCAGCCUGCGGGCCGGGAGCAGCCGGUGGUCAACCGUGUUGGCUGGUUCUUCUCGCCACUGUGGACCCCUCGGUCCACCAGGCGGCGCCGGGACUUUGCCGAUGGCCGGGGGAGCCAACAAGCGGAGGCCUGGCUGGAUGACCACUCCGACUUCACGCGGGACUACUUUUUACGAAGAGCCUCCACGGCCAGUGGUUCUCAGCUGGAGACAUCCCCAUUGCAGCCCCAACUUCCCAGGAACAGCUCUGACUACUCUGACAUGCUCACCACCCCUCGCCCUCGUCGGGGUUCCUCUCCAUUGACCAGUUGCCAUCUCCAUACUCGUACCAAAGAAAGACCUGAUCCCUUGUCUUGUAAUCGCAAUGCCCCUGAGUGGUUGGACCCAAUCAGCCCAGAUUUGCCACGCUGUCGCUCUUCCCACUCACUUCGCUCUCCCCGCUCCCCUGUUUCUCCUUGUCCCCCCCUCUCUCCCAUUUGCCUUUCCUCCUCCCAUGCACGCCACCAGUCCCUUUCCCCCCAACCACAGCGGUCCUCUCCGAAGAAGGCUGCAGUUUGUGGGCGAGGUGAGGGCUGCCUGUGGAUGUUGGGGCUCCUUAGAGGAGGACUCAACCAGGUGGGCUCUAUGGCAGAGCUCUGUCAAGGGGCCCUCCUGCAUGUUGGGGAGCUGGUGGCAGCUGAGCUCUGCUCCCUUUCAUUGGUAAAGAAGACCCAGGGUGGAAGGAACAGUUUGGAGGAAGUGGUUUCCCUGACAACUUUGAAGAAUGUGAAGGAAAACAACUCCAGUGGCCAGGCACAUUUGGAGCUGGUGAAGGGUAUCAUGGGAUAUGUGGUGGCCACAGGAUCGCACAUAAACAUAAGAGAUGCAUGUGAGGACCCCAGAUUCCACAUUGCUAAUGAUCAACCAUCACGUUUCAAACUAAAGAGUGUUUUGAGCAUGCCCAUCAAGAACCACAGAGAAGAGGUGGUCGGCGUUGCAGUUCUGAUAAACAAGAGGAGCGGCGGGGAAGGAGCGGUCUCUCUGUUUACUGACCUGGAUGAGAAGGUGCUCUCCAAUCAUAUGGGGGUGCUGGGAAUGGUCCUGGAUAAUGCCCAGCUGUACGAGAGCGCACGGCAGGAGGCCAAACGCAGCCAGGCUUUGAUAGAGAUGGCCAAAAUGUUGUCAGAGAAGCACCGCUCCUUUGACGUUCUGUUGGGUAAGAUGGCUGCAACCAUCAUGCCCUUCACAAAUGCUCAGUAUUGCACCAUCUUCAUCACCAAGGAGGAGACCACGGAUUCGUUUUCCCGGGUGAUCCACAUGGAAUGCGAGGAGCUCGGGCCAACCUGCCAAAUCUACAGGAGGGAACAUGACGUCAAUGACUUGGACCUGUCAUACGCCCUACGCACCCUGUGCACUAAAGAAAUAGUUAAUGUGUCAGACAGUGGCCAAGAGUCAGCAAAGAGCCUGAUUUGCUGUCCAGUCACGAAUGAGAAAUCUGAGAAAGUCAUUGCUGUGUGCCAGCUGAGGAACAAGCAGGGCAAAGACUCAGACGAGCUGGACGCUUUCAACAGAUACGAUGAGCGCCUCCUGGAGGAUCUUUGCGUGUAUUGCGGCCUGGCACUGCAGUACGUUCAGACGGUCCAAAUCACAGAGAGGCGAAGAGCCAGCAUUGAGGUCACACAGGAGGUUCUUGCCUACCACAUCACUGCGGCACAGGAAGAAAUUGAGGCAUUGCAGGAAGCCACCAUUCCUCCUGCUGAGUCGCUGCACAUACUGGAGUUCCACUUCUCUGACUGUGUGCUGACAGAUGAUCUCUCGAUUCAAGCUACCAUUCGUAUGUUCCUUGACCUCAAUCUAGUGCAGGACUUCAACAUCAAUUACAAGUGUCUCUGCCAGUGGGUGCUCAGCGUGAGACGUGGUUACAGGAACAACAUCCCGUAUCACAACUGGAGCCAUGGCCUAAGCACUGCUCAGUGCAUGUUCGCUAUGCUCAUGGCCACAGACCAGUUCCAGAGCAUUUUUUCCCGGCUGGAGAUAUUGGCGCUGAUGAUAGCCACUCUGAACCACGAUCUUGACCACAGAGGAGUCAGCAAUUCCUACAUACAGAGGACUCAACAGCCUUUAGCUCAGCUGUAUGGCCACUCCUCUCUAGAGAACCACCACUACAAUCUGUGCCUCUUCAUCCUCAACAACACAGGGAGUCAGAUUCUCAAUGGUCUGUCAAAGGAGGACUACAAGGCAGUGCUGUCCAUGAUCAAAAGAGCCAUCCUGGCCACCGACCUGACUGUUUACAUGGAGAGAAGAUCUGAGUUCUUUUCUCUUGCUAAAAGAGGGCAGGUGUGCUGGAAGAGUGAAAAAAAGAGAGAUCUGCUGAGAUCAAUGCUGAUGACUGCUAGCGAUGUCUGUGCCAUCACAAAGCCUUGGCCUGAGCAAUAUAGGAUUGCUAACCUGGUUGCCAAGGAGUUCUUUGCACAAGGAGACAAAGAGAAGGAACAGUUCAAUAUCAAACCAAUCAACAUGAUGAACAGAGAAAACAGCAGUCGUCUGCCAGACAUGCAGGUUGAGUACAUCGAUGGAAUCUGCCAUCCACUGUACAAGGCUCUGUCAGGACUGUUUGACACCUUUUCCCCUCUUCUGGACGGCUGCGAGAAGAACAGAGAAAACUGGCUGGACCUUGCAGAAAGAAGAGAAGAAGAAAACGUAGGAGGGAAAGCAAAGUGA